GCGGCUGAGGUGCGAGGCCUCAUCGAUCAUGCAUGGCUUGGUUACUCAGACUUCAGAGCUGAAAGACCACAUGCGCCCGUGCGGCGGACCGAUGGAUCCCCACAACGUACUUCCCCUCGGAUUCGGCCACGCUAGGCAUGCCGCUGAUCCCUCCCAACUUCUUCUUGGCUAAAUUCUUUCAGUAGCCAGUGACCAUCAGUUUGAUUGCCGAAUCUGCUGUAAUUUUGCUAGCACUAGUUUACGUCGGAGGCGCCACCUGAAGAAACAGGGCGGCCACGUCCCGGCGUCUGUGGUUGCCGGGCUUUAUCUUCAGAAGAAGAAGAUGCUGCCCUCUUCGACUUCAAGUGAUCGCUCUCAGGGGUUAACGAGGGAAGCCUCAGUUAAGGCUAAGGAAUGGUUGGUGGAACUUGUUGGUAGAAGUGUGGAAGCUGGUAAGCCGCGUCAAGGGGAUUCAGUUCAAUCGACAUGUAGCAGAGGUGCGCCUGGCCAUCAGAUUAGUUUGGUUACCCUUCCAAGGCCGGCUGGAAAUUCUCGCUUCAGACUAGUGACUAAUCUUGCUUUAGUAAAAGAGGCAAGGGAAUGGAUACUUUAUCUUACUGAGGAGCGUCUGGAAGCCUGGCCGGAGAUGCCAUAUUUCAGUGAACCAGGUGCUUUUGCUUCUCGACUCUCACAGACUAUUCCUGAUGCCUUCACAAGGCCUGUUUAAAGUUCUUCGAUCUCACCAGACACACUAGCAGGUAUUGGUGAUCUUCUGAGUGUAAAAUAGGGUCUAGCAUAUUGUACAUGUACACAUAUUUAUAUACGUAUGUAAUUGUAUUCUGAUCAUCUAUAUAUUGAGACGUGAGGCUGGAUGUUAGCCACCCACGCAAAACUCUAAA